AUGAGAUUGAGGGUCUCACACAUGUCGUUGGCAGUGCUGGUGUGUGAGACACUUCCCACGUGUCGUUGGCAGUGCCGGCGUAUGGGAAGAGUAUGUAUAUUGAUUAGUAUUAUCACACACGUCGUUGGUAGUGCCGGUGGGGUGAUGAUACUGUCUGCGCUCGUAGGACUUGUUAUGAGAUUUGUGAGCUUCACGUGUCGUUGGCAGUGCCGGCGUGUGAGCUAUGGAGUUUCGUCCCCUGGUUGGACUACUCAUCCCUGGACGCGGGUUAGUGCUCGGAAAUCCUGCGUACUAGCCAAACAAUCCCCCGGUUGGAUUGUUUUCCCCGGUACAUUAGUAUGGAGAGAAGGGAGACUAUGCCAAAAUUUUGGUAGGAUGUCUCGGGUUUUUAGUAAGUGGGCCCGGCAUCGAGGAGAUGUCGGCACCAAGACGGGGUCCGCCCCGGUUUCAGAGGAAAUUCUGGGGCGGGUCCUGUCAGCUUGGUAUCAGAGCAUUAGAACCAUGUCAACUCGCCGACCAAGAACGCGAGGUCAUGGUCAGAGAUGGGGGCCAAAUCCUCCACCACCAUCUCCGUCGCCAUCUCCACCUGCCGGAGAUAAUGCCUCGGACUUGCGCCAUGUGCUAAGCCAAUUCACCCGCACAAUGACUACUGCUUUGCGGGGAAGGCGUAGUACAGAAAGUUCUGAAAUCAAAAGGGUGAAGGAACUUGGAGCAAAAGAGUUCAUGGGUGGCCCAGACCCAGCAGAGGCUGAGUGUUGGAUUACUGAUGUGGAGCGGAGCUUUGAGGUGCUGGAGUGCCCAGAUGGAGAUAGAGUCCGUUUGGCUACCUUUCUGCUUAAAGGGAAUGCUUAUCAUUGGUGGAAAGCUGCAAAAAGGGGCUAUGAGAAUCCAGCUGCUAUUACUUGGGAGGAAUUUCAUAGGGUUUUCUCCGAUCAAUUUUAUCCACCUUCUUACCGAUAUGCUAAGAAGUCAGAGUUCCUAUAUCUGAAGCAGGGAUCAAUGUCGGUGGCAGAGUAUGAACAUAAGUAUAAUGAACUGUCAAGGUUUGCACCAGAGUUAGUGGCUACUGAAGAGGAUCGGUGCAGACGCUUUGAAGGCGGUUUGUGGUGGGAUAUUCAGGCCGUGGUCACUGCCAACACUUAUCCCAACAUGACGGCUUUGGCUCAGGCUGCUAACAGAGUAGACGCCGCAGAGAUGCGCAAGGAUAGGGUGGUCCGAGUCAGGGCCCAUCCAAGAGAGGAGGAUCUAAUUCUAGCUCUGCUAGUGGUGGAUGGUCAAGUGGACGGGGAUCCAGUUCUGGCGGGGCAUACUAAGAGGACCUGCCCACUGAUCUACCCCAGUGAUACACCAGUGCAGGGGACCGGAGCCCAACAGGGGCAGGGGAAUAUGGGUCAGCAUCAGAGUCAGAGUGGUGCUACUUCCUCUGCAGCAGGAUCUUCUAGUAGCAGGGCACCGUCAUCUUCUAGGGGAAGAGGUGGCAGAAAUUCAAGGGGUCAGCCUGGGCGUUCUACCACUCAGGCUAGGGCGUUCUACCACUCAGGCUAG